AUGUCGGCCGCAAAGAUCGUCGAGGACGUCAUCAAGGCAAACGUGAUUGCCGUGUUCAGCAAGAGCUACUGCCCGUACUGCACGCGCGUCAAGAAGGCCCUGCCCUCGCUCAACCAGUCGAGCAUCAAGAUUCUCGAGCUCGACGAGAUGUCCAACGGCUCGGAGCUGCAGAACUCGCUCGCCGAGAAGACGGGGCAGCGCUCGGUGCCCAACAUCUUCAUCAACGGCACCCACGUCGGCGGCUGCGACGACUUCUUCGCCAAGCAGAAGAGCGGCGAGAUCGAGAAGCUGCUCAAGCAGUAG